CGGACAAGUUGCCCGCAGAGAGCACCUGAGCUUCAAGGAAAUGGAUAAACAGAAAAACAACUUCACAAAGCACCCUUAAAGCACGGAUUAUGGUAUCGAAAUGAAGCCAUACUGACUCCAGAUGAUCUGUGUAUGGCGGUCCUUCUCUCUCAUUCUCCAGUGUAAGACCUGGAGAGGGUGAUCCCAAGAAACAGGGUGUGCCUAAAAUGACUUCCUGUAGCAGUCAAGAGAAAAGAAAGGCACACUCCCCUACACCCAGCUGUGUGUCCAUGAAGAGUGAUCAAUCUAAGGAUUGGCAAGUCAAAUUUGAAGGGGGAGACUCUUCUACUGGACAUCCAGAGAUGAAAAAGCAGAAGAGGUCCCCCUCCCCUAUAUCCAGCUGUCUGUCCAUGAAGAGUGAUAGAUCCAAUGAUCUGCCAAUCAACUUUAAAGGGGGAGACUCUUCUACUGAACAUUCAGAGAUAAAAAAGCAGAAGAGGUCCCCCUCUCCUACACCGAGCUGUCUGUCCAUGAAGAGUGAUAGAUCCAAUGAUCUGCCAAUCAACUUUAAAGGGGCAGACAAUUCUACUGGACAAUAUCAGCAGAUCCACAAAUCUGACCUGCAGAAUAAGUUUCAGUGUCUGAUUGAGGGAAUCUCACAGCAGGGAGACACCAGACUCCUCCAUGAGAUCUACACAGACCUCUACAUCACAGAGGGGGGAAGAGGAAAGAUCAAUGAUGAACAUGAGGUCAGACAGAUAGAGAGGGCAUCCUGGAGAAAAGCAGCGCAAGGCACACCAAUCAAAUGCAGUGAUAUCUUUAAACCCUUAUCUGAUCAAGCCAAGCCCAUUAGAACAGUGCUGACAAAGGGAGUGGCUGGCAUUGGAAAAACAGUCUCUGUGCAGAAGUUCAUUCUAGACUGGACCGAAGGAAAAGCCAAUCAUGAUGUCCAGUUCAUAUUUCCUCUUCCUUUCCGGGAGCUGAAUGUGGUGAACGAAAAAAAUCUCAGUCUGGUGGAUCUUAUUCAGCACUUUUUACCAGAAAUUAAAGAUCCCAGAGUCUUCACCAGUUCAGAGCACAGAGUCAUGUUCAUCUUUGAUGGCCUGGAUGAGUGUCGAUUUCCCCUAGAUUUUCACUCCAACCCAGUUUGUUGUGAUGUGAUGGAGCCAGCCUCAGUGGACGUGCUAUUGACAAACCUCAUCAAGGGGAAUCUGCUUCCCUCUGCUCUCCUCUGGAUCACCACCAGACCAGCAGCAGCCAAUCAGAUCUCUCCUGACUGUGUGGACAAGGUGACAGAAAUAAGGGGAUUCAAUGACCCACAGAAAGAGGAGUACUUCAGGAAGAGAAUCAGUGAUGAGAACCUGGCCAGCAGAACCAUCACACACCUGAAGUCAUCCAGGAGCCUCUAUAUCAUGUGCCACAUUCCGGUCUUCUGCUGGAUUUCAGCAACUGUUGUAGAGAGGACAUCAAAAGAAUCAGAGAGUGCAGCAAUGCCAAGGACUCUGACUCAAAUGUACACACACUUCCUGGUCAUUCAGACAAGCAUGAAAAAUGUCAGGUACAGAGAAGGAAAUGAGGCCAAUGAAGAGACCAUUUUAAAACUGGGGAAACUGGCUUUUCAACAGGUGGAGAAAGGCAAUCUGAUCUUCUACGAGGAAGACCUGAGAGAGUGUGGCAUUGAUGUCACAGAAGCAUCAGUGUACUCAGGUGUGUGUACUCAGAUCUUCAGAGAGGAGUCUGGGCUGUACCUGGGGAAGGUGUUCAGCUUUGUGCAUCUGAGCAUCCAAGAGUUUCUAGCAGCUUUGCAUGUGUCUGUCAGCAACAGACAGAGAAACAUGCCUGACCAACAGCAAACCUCUCAUCUCUCUGCUCUGUUCACAGCUGCAACACUGCAUGACCUACACAAGACUGCAGUGGAACUGGCCUUACAAAGAAAGAAUGGACACCUGGACCUUUUCCUCCGCUUCCUAUUGGGCCUUUCACUGGAGUCCAAUCAGAUUAUCUUAAAGAACCUUCUGCCACAGAUUGGUAGCCAAACAGAUGCAGGGCAAACAGUCCAGUAUGUCAAACAGAAGAUCAGAGAUCAGAGUAGCUCAGACAGAAGGAUCAACCUGUUCUACUGUCUGAAUGAGCUGAAUCACCAUGCUGUAGUGGAGGACAUUGACAGAAGCUCAGGAACUCUAUAUGUAGACAUGCUUUUACCAGGAGAGUGGAAGACUAAGAGAUUUGAGUUUGAGAUGUCAGCAGAGCAGCUGGCUGAGUUUGACCUGCAGAAGUACAUAAGGACGCCAGAGAAUGAUCAAACUGAACUCCUCAGUCCAGAUGAAGUUCUUCAGAAGCUGCUGCCAGUGGCCACAGCAUCCACAUCAGCUGAGCUGGUUAACUCUAAUCUGACAGAAAAGAGUUGUUUUUAUCUUAACUCUGCUCUGACCUCACACUCUUCAAGACUCAAACUGCUGAACCUGAGUUACAAUGAGCUGCUGGACUCAGGAGGGGGAUUUUUAUAUGCUGCUCUUUGUCA